GUGGGCAGCGGCAGUUGGUGAACGUUGCUGGACGCGGCUCCGGGUAUUCUGUGUUAAAAAUGCCGCUGUGUUUGGUUUAAUCCGGAGUCAACAACGGAUAGCUGUUUCAUUUGAUUCUUAGAAGACACUUUUAAACUCAGUCACCGAUCAGGAAGGGCUCAAUCCCCGGAAUGGGAACGGAGGAGCGAGAUUGGGUAGAUGUGGCCAAUGAUCUCCUUUGUAAGUGUCAUAUUAACUUGAGGCUGCAGAGGCUCACAGACUGCGAUGCGAAUGUUUUUGUGGCGUUGUAUGAGGCCAUCUUAGGGGAGAAGGUACCAGAUUACAUAGCUGUCCCAAAGAGCCAGGAGGAUGAUAUCCACAAUGUACAAUCAGUGAUUGAUUCACUGGCCUUGGACUAUCUCCAGAUUAGUUUAUCUCACAUCACAGGGGAGAACAUCGUGAGAGGGGAUAAGGAUUCCAUCCAAAACCUUCUUGAGAUCUUUGAUGGCCUGCUGGAGUAUCUCACCGAGCAGCUCAGUGACGAGGAGGAGCUUCAGAAUGGAGAAGUCAAUGGUACAGCCCACCUUGCUGAAACGUGUGUGUUGGAUAAAGAGGAGAGGAUGUCCCAGACCUCCAGUGUACACUCAGCCGUCCAGUCCAGCAAACAUUCCCUCCAUUCCUGGAACGGAGCAGAAUCCGAGUCCACGGCCGAGCUGAUCCGACUGGGUGAUUCUGCCCGUACAUUCACCAUGAAGCAUGAAGUACGUUCCCACACCCUGCCCUCAGGGGUGACAGCUGAAAAAGCUGCCCCUCAGCCAGGUGACCACGGUUCAGCAGUUCAGGCCACUCUGCUGCGGGAGCCGCUCCGCUCAGCCAUUGCCCUGCAGCCACCCAGCCAGACCACCCCUCAGCGGCCAGACAGGCCAGCACCCCCACCCUCUGACCGCCUCACGUCCCCUACAGACCAGAACGGUACAAUUAGACAGAAUGGUGUUUCUCCCACGGUACAAUCUGAUGUUCAGAUAAAUGGGACGCUGCACCGUUCACUGUCCAGUGCUUCCCCAGACAGUGCGCUGUCUGUGCCCAGUCUGAGAGAACCGCACUCGGGGGCUCCCAAAGGACAAAUGGAGGUUGGCGCUGAAGCAGCGCGUAGGGUUCUAUUCCGAACUCAGCCAGACAUCCUGCUGCUGACUCUCUCCGACGAACAGAGUCAGAGCCACAGAGAGGAUGUGCACAGAAGCGGCCCGGAAGAGGAGGAGGAGGAGGAGGAGAGUGAGGAAGAGCGGCCGCUCAGCUCAGGCUCGUCAUCUGGGAGACGGAGGAGCUCCAGAGGCCGGAGGUGGAGAGCAGGGCUGGCUGAGGAGGGCACAGAUGAGCCGUUGUCCAGGCGCAGUCAGAGAAACAGGCAGACUGAGCAGGAGCUGCAGGAAAUGUCCGAGAAACUUUCCCGCCGUCUGGAGGAGCUCGACCUGAUGCUGAAGAGAGCUCUGGGAGAGACGGGGGAGGAGCCUAAACCCCAGGAGGAGGACAAACGCUCCCAUCACAGCGACAGCGUCAUGGAGUGCAGACGUGCCCCCAGACCUACAGAUCCAGCAAGUAUGGACAGACCUCGCCCCCGCUCCCUUUCCCCCUCCCCUCCACCCGCACGCCGUUCCCUCCGGAGCCAACUAGAGGGCACUCUACUCGCAGACUCACAGACACACAUGGCCCGAAUCAAACAUGGGGUGCUUCGGGACCACCAGGAUAAGCACAGGAAAAGUCAGAUGGUGGCAGAAGCAUAUAAGGCGGAGCUGAAAAAUUUGGAUGAGCGUCAGAGAACAGAACUGGCAAAAGAGAGGCUUCGAGCACAGGAGGCUGAGCGUGAGUACAGGGAGGCCAUCCGUAGAGAAGUUGUAAAGUCAUCUCAGACCUCCAGAUCUAAAUCGUCGCUCUCAAACAGGACGUCCCGCACCAGACCUCCAUCGUCCGGCCGACGGCAGACACAACCCCGCAGAACGGCGCCCUUACGGGUGAAGGAGAAUGACUUGUUACCGGCUCUGCUGGAGGAAUACCCGCCUCUGCCCUUCUCUUCUCACACAGUGUCAUCCAUGUGGAAACAGCAGCUGCGACAGGUCGACCAGCUUAGUGCUCUGGACAACCAUCGCAGACACGCACGCUCCACCAAACUCACCAACCAGAUGGAGGAAGCUCAGAGGAGACAUGACCUGCUCAUGGAGAUCAUCCGCAAAGAGCAGGAGCACAACCGCCGCCUGAAGGAUUUCAGGGACAGAAUCCAGCAGCAGAAGUCUACGCAGAAUAAGCUGCGUGAACAGAGGCAGCAGGUGGCCCGCGCCCGCAAAUACCACAAUGACUACCAUGUUCAGCUCCGUGCUCGGCUGCUCAGGGCCCGCACACGCGAGGAGAAAAUGUUCCGGCAGGUAUUUGAGGAGGGUCUGGAGCUGCAGAAGGCCCGUCUGAGGGAGCAGCGUGCGUACGCUAAAGAACAGCGGCUGGAGCACCAACGUAAACACAGAGAUGAGAUCGAAGCCAUGGAGAACUAUUACAGGGACCAGUUUUCAAUGCUAGCUGAAAGACUCGCUCUGGAACGGCAGGAGAUACAGGUCCGAAAGAAGGCCCAGGAGAAGGCUCUGCAGAAGAUGAAGCGGGAGCUGAGGACCAGGAUGGAGCGAGAGAUCAGCGAGCUGCAGAAGAUCAUUGUCCAGAACGAUGAGGAAGACUACUUCCGGGAUCUGGAGGUGGAGCGGCUGCGUAAACGUGUGCAGAUGGCCUCGUUCCAGUACAGCUCUGGCUGUACACACUGACUCCAGACCAGCAGGAACUCAUCAACCAGGGCUACUGUGGGACCACCCUCAACCCACCCUCCCACUUAACUUAGUGAUGAUUCAUCCCAAAGUCAAAUUAACACAAUCUACCCCAUAUUCUUUAUGUAGUCAGGCAACCAAGACGUGUUGGUCUGAAGUUUGCUUCUUUAGUCUUGCGCUGGCUCUACAAAGCUAACGUCGCUAAACCAGUAAUAGAAGCUUAAAGGACGGAUUAGUAUUGUGUAAAUUGCAAUCCCUUCUUUCAGUGUUCUUAGUAAAGAAAAUACUCAAAGAACCUUUUGCAUGAUUAAUGGGUUCUUUGCAUUGUUAAAUGGCUCUUCAAAUUGAUGAAGAAUGUGUUGCAGAU